AGUGGUGUAACAAUAUUACGUUGGAUAGGAAACAGGAGGCGCUAUAACACUGACGCCAUUUUAGAUACCGUAGCGUUGGUGGCGGUGCUGUGUAUUCGCAUGGAUUUGUAAGUUGUUCGUUCGACUAUUCUUGUGCUAUGGCAGUUUGUAUUGCUGUUAUUGCUAAAGAAAACUAUCCAUUACUUAUACGCUGUAAGCCGGGCGAGGAAAACGAACUCAAAUUUCAUUAUACUGUUCAUACUUCAUUAGACGUUGUAGAAGAAAAAAUCGCCAGCGUUGGCAAAGGUUCUGGGACAUCAUCUGACCUUCGUGAGUUUUACCUUGGUUUAUUGUAUCCCACAGAAGACUACAAAGUUUACGGUUACGUUACGAACACUAAGGUCAAAUUUGUUAUUGUAGUGGAUCCAUCUAAUGUCCAAAAAAGGGAUAAUGAAAUAAGAAGUAUGUUUCGUAAGCUUCAUAAUGCCUACACAGAAUUAGUGUGUAACCCGUUUUAUAUUCCUGGAGAAACCAUUAAAUCUAAAUCAUUUGACAGAGUCGUUUCUUCAUUGCUUGCUGAAUAGUGGUUAAGUUUUUAAAUAAUAAUUUAUUGUAUAAUAAUACCAUCACCUUACAGCCUU